AUGUCAACAUUCAAGCCAUACACUUAUUUUCAAUGUCCUUGUUCCGAUACGUCAAUUCCUGCAAACUUAUCUACUCCCUUGGAUUCUCCAACUCUAGAAGAACGGACAUUUGACCCAAGAGCUCCACUCAGCGAAGUCCCAGGCCCUGAACAUCACACCCUUCAUGCAACAACUCCACCAGCGAAUCCCUACAUCCUCCAUUGCGCAUACUGUAUGUGGAGCUCGAGCGAAAUCGGCAUACAUUUUGAGAAACCAAAUUCCGUAUACUCACAAUUAGCCAAGAUAAAGAAUGGCGGUACUCCACUCAUAGGAGCAAAAGAACGUCGUCGAGAUCGAGAGGAAAGGCGGACAUCUUUGGCUACAGAAAUGAUACUGGAAGAGGCGGACGAGGUGGCCGAAAAGCACUUGGACCCAAACGAGAAACUUGAUAUAGAAACUCAAUAUGCGAACCUAAAGUCCUUCUAUCAGGGGCAAUUGGCAGACUCAAAUCCAAGCAGUGCACUAGGAUUUUCAAAUGAUUAUGGAUAUGGAUCACCGGGAGCACUAACCCGGAUAAUGGGUCUCUACACAGGUGGAAGUUUUGGCGACAGGAAAGCGAAAUCUAAGGCUGCAAGCAUGCGAGAAGCGAGUGAUUCCCCCGAAGGAUUCCAAGUCUAUGACCACUCUUCCGAAACCGCGGCCAUCACACAACUUCAUGAAGAAGGCUGGGCAGGUACAAUUUCAACUGAGCAAAGAAUAAACCAAAUCUCCCCUCCAACUCGUUUCCUCGACUCUCUCCGCCCAAUACCCUGCCUGCUCCGCACCAAGCGUUCCAAACGUUGUCGCACCUGUCGUCACAUCCUCUCCAAACCCGAAGGCAAAGUCCCAACCACCCGCUUCCGCAUCCGCCUCGUGGCCCUCUCUUACAUCCCGUCCAUAACUCUCUCUCCCCUCCAACCCACCCCACCUUCCACUACCGGUCCGACCUUCAUAACCCUUACCCCUUUAAAACCGACCCAAUUCCUUCUGACCUUCAAAAACCCCCUCUUCGAACCCGUCAAGAUAUCUCUCGCAACAAAAGGCCUCACCACCGACCGCCACGCCUCCAAAGUCAUCCUUCUCUGUCCCCAAUUCGACGUCGGUGCUAACACAGACAUGUGGGACGAAGCCCUCCAAGACUCCUCCACUACCCACCCCCAAGAUCGAAAACAAUCCACCGCGACCCACAGCAGCAUGACCAGCAUCGACCUUAGCAACGGAGCGCACGGUAAACCAUGGGACAAAGGUCGCAAUUGGACGAGUGUAGUCGUAGAAGUUACACCAGGCAAACUCAAAGCGAAACUGCAGGGAUUAGAACAACAGAGGAGAUUGGAAGAAGAGGUGCAAAAGGAAAGGGUGGAAGAGGAUGCCGAUGUGUGUGAGAUAGCGGUGUUUGUGAGGGUGGAGUGGGAGGCAGAUGCGGCGGGCGAUGGAGAGGGUAAGGGGGUGGGAGAGAAGGAUGGGAGGGAGAAGAGAGAGUUGGCUUAUUGGUGUGUGGUAGGGGUGGGGAGGAUUGACAAAUAA